AUGAGAGGUACACUUCUCGCCUUCGGCAGUGUUCCUUAUGGAAUCCCUGGCUUCUUCCCGGGUCCAAGCAUGACAAUAAGCCCCACCAAAAACAAAGCUCAACCUGGUUCAUCAUCAUACAACGACACUGCGGCAACAAGCUUCAGAUCCAGUCCAGCACGGAUGGAUGAGGUGGAUGCGCUGCGAGGGAGGCUUGCUUUGGAAGAGUCCCUUCCCUUGACUGAGCCCAUCAACCUGGAAGAUGGUCAUUAUUCUUCGCUGCGAGAUGGGCUGGAGCGCGACAGUCAGAGUCUGGAGGCUGAAUCUUGGAGCGUGGCGGCCGAUCAGGACUACCUGAGAACUCUGGACCGAGAAGCCAUCAAAAGACAGGAUGUCAUUUAUGAGUUAAUGCAGACCGAGAUGCACCACGUGCGCACGUUGAAGAUCCUCCGGGACGUCUACAUGCACGAGCUGAGACAUUCCCAGCUCCUGGACGAUGACAAAAUGGGAAGGCUCUUCCCCGGCGUGGACGCUUUGCUCACGCUGCACCAGCACUUCCUCGACUUCCUCAAACUGCGCCAGAGCCAGAGUCAAGAAGAUGGAAGUCCCAACUGCUACCAGAUCAUGGAGCUGGGAGACAUAAUCAUCUCACAGUUUUCUGGCUCAGUGGGGGAAAAAAUGAAGGAGUGGUACAGUGUUUUCUGCAGUCAUCACACAGAAGCAGUCAGCUUCUACAAAGAGCUCCUGCAGAACAACAAGAAGCUUCAAAGCCUCAUGAAGAAAAUUGGUCAGUUGACCCUGGUGAGAAGAUUGGGCAUUCUUGAGUGUUUCUUGCUGGUGACACAGCGCAUCACAAAAUACCCUGUCUUGAUAGAGCGACUUCUAAAGGUUACUGAAGACAGCGACGAACAUCAGGCUUUGCUCCAGGGUUUGGGGGCCAUAAAAGACGCUAUCUCACAAGUGAACGAGCACGUCAGGGAGUACGAGUUGGCUUCCCGUCUUCGGGACAUUUGCGUGCGCCUGGAGCCGAAGUCUGUUGGCCGACUGAAGGACGGCAGACUGAUCCGCAGGGAGGAUCUGAUCCAGACCCAGCGGACGCUGCUGCACGAAGGCCCGGUCACCUGGAAAUCCUCCGGCAGGCACAAAGACAUUCAUGCUGUGCUACUGUCAGACAUGCUUCUCCUCCUCCAAGAGAAAGAUCAGAAGUUUGUUUUUGCUGCAGUGGAUAACAAGCCACCUGUAAUCGCCCUGGAAAACCUGAUCCUGAGAGAAGUGGCCCACUCGGAGAAGGCGAUGUUCCUCAUCUGCGCGUGCACCUCCACACCGCAGGAGGUCUUUGAGAUGUAUGAGCUGCACACCAGCUCUAAGGAGGAACGGGUCGCCUGGAUGGCGCGCAUGUGGGAUGCCAUCAACCGUUCCUCAGAAGAGGAUAAACGAUACCAGGAGCUGACGGGCAGACUGCGAGAAUAUCAAGAGCGUCUGAAGGUGAGAGACGAGCACAUCAAGCAGUGUCUGUCGGAGAAGCUUAACAUCUUCAGCGCCAUGUAUGAAGACUUGACCGACCAAGAGAUCGUCCCGAGAGGGCUGCUGCUCAGAGGAGAUCCCACGGAUCUCCAGCAGGGAGAGACACUACUCAAAGGAGCCAUCCAUGAAGUGGAAAACCUUCAAAAUCUGCUUCUCCGCUCAACAAAAGACCCCUGUAACUCCCAGGAGGACCAUCAUUUGUUAAAGUGGAGGUCACACAGAAAAACUGAGGACACUAACCCGUCUGCAAACACUCUGAAAAAUGAGUGGUGCUCCAGCGAAAACGUGGGACCCGGCGGCAGAGGCGUCGAGGACGACAAUUCUCAACUACAGGACAUCAUUUUCUACUGUGAAGGCGAGGAGCCUCCUGCCGACAAUGACAGGUUGACGCCCGCGUUUGCAUCAACCGCCAGUAACUUCAAGGCAGAGGUGGGUGACCAUGUCAUACUGCUAGCUCAGUGGCUGUAUACAUUACAAGCCAUCGUGGCCCAGCAGGACAGUCAGAUCGAGCUCCAGCAGGUCGUCCAGUCGCACGGCAGCAGGACGUCGCGGCCCACCAGCAGCGCCUUGCUGGAACAGGAGAAGCAGCGCAACAUGGAGAAACACAAAGAGGACUUGGCUAACCUGCACAAGCUGCAGGCGCAGCACCGCGAGGCGCAGCAACGCUGGGAAAAGGAGCGCGAGCGGCAGGGCGCCUACAUGGAAACGCUCGAAGCAGAGUUGAGGCUGCGAGAGGAGCAGUGCGUCCGGCAUGAAGAGAAGCUCGCUGAAGACAAGGCAGAGCUGGAGAGGCAGUGGGAGACCUACCAGCAGGGUCUGGAGCGCCUCAGGGAGACCACCAAAGCUGUGGAGAAGGAAAAAGAAAUCCUCAGUCAAGAGAAAGAACGUCUGGAGGAGAGGCUGAAGAAGUACAUGGAGGCUGUGAACGCAGGGCACAACUACGAUGACCCGUACACCAACCUGUCCAGCUACCAGUCAUUCAGAGGAAGCCUAGCCAACGGCGGCAGCUCACGUCCACACGUCCUGCUGGCUAGCGUCCGCGACGCCAACAAGGAAUCGCCGCCCAAAGUUCCCCCGCGCAAGGAAAGCAUGAGCGUCUCUCAGUCAGCCAAACCUGAACUGCCCGUGCACCUGGUCAGCACCACCAACCAGGUACACAAGACGGCUGGCGUGGUGCAGCAGAUCCCAACCAAGUUGGCCACCCUCUCCAAGGGCAAGGAGAGGGGCUUCCGCAUGAAGGCGUCGCACCAGAGGGCCCACAGCGCAGCCUCCAUCGACGUGAGCCAGGUUCUGCCCAUCCGUGUGACGGGGAAAGAUGGAGGUAGUCUGAGGGUUGUCUCUCAGUCAGGUGAAGUCGAUGACUCGAACCUGUCAGGACACGCCAGCACUGUGAGAACGUCACAGUCCUUCAUACACUUCCGAAGCAACGGGGAGGCUCCGCCCCCAGCCCCGCCCCCUUUCCCCAAAGAAAUCCUGGAGAAGCCGAAGGAGAAGGUGAUAUUCCUUUAA